UGCUCAAACCAAGGACGAUUAAAAUAAGUGCAGAAUUUAAAUUCUCUCACAGAGUGGUCAACGAUUGGAACUCCUUACCUGAUUCAGUAGUAUCAGCUCCAUCGGUGAACGCUUUCAAAGAGAAGUUAGAUCUCUGCAGAGAUAUACUUUGCAAGGAUUAACACAGGCCACAAGAGCCUUCUAUCCUUAUCAUCUGAAUCUGAAUCUAAAGCUCUUGAAUUCUGGUAUUUUGUGCUUACUUCAAUUUCAAGGUCACUCUUCGGUGUUGCUCUUAUAUUUAGUUCUGGUUUUGUAACACUUCAGGUUUUCACUUCAAGUGAUCGAACUUACAAAAAAAUGCAUGCAUACAAGAUUGGUACUCAUAAUAGUUGAUUAUAACCUAGACUGCAAAAACAAUACUAGACGUACAUGGUGUUAUGGGAAUUAUUCGCCAGAGUUUUCUGAAUUUUCUGUGAUUCGUCCGUGUUUCCCAAAACAUCUGCAGUGUAGCUGAAGUAAAUGCUUGGUGUGACAAAACGACAUUGGUUUGGUUCCAUUCACACCGAAAUUUUUUAGUAUAAUAAGGAAUGUUACCUGAUAUAUAUGGUUCCAUAAUUAACGCCUGUUGCGACGCAUUCAAGAGUAUCAUUGGCCUAAGUACUCUUUAAGGCAAAUCUUUUACUUGAGCAUAGGUAAAUUGGAUAAAAAUAUAAGUAGUACUUUGUUCUAAAUUGGGAAAAGUGGUUUAUUUCUGGAAAUGAAAUGAAUCAUGUUAAAAGAAGAAGGUAGCAUUGUAGGACAGAUUGGAAAAGGUAGUAGAUGUGAGUAUCCUCUGCUGCAUUCCACCCACCAUUUGCCCACGUCUCAGAUAAUCAAAGUUGUUCACUUUCAGAUUCAGAUUUAUUGGUUGAGGAUAGAAGGCUUGGUGUCUAUGUUAGCCCUUUUCUAGUAAGCUUCCGUGGUUGUCCAAACCCUUCUUGAACGAAUCAGUUGAGGUUGCAGGUACCACUUCUUCUGGGAGUCGGUUCCAAGAGUUUAUGACGCGAUGUGAGAACCAGUACUCAACAGCAAUAUGAUUUCUCCUUGGCUUUUGAACUCUCCUGCUAUGUCCUCCAAGGUGUUCCGACCUGGUGAGAAGGAAAAGAGAGAAUAUGUCAGAAUUCUAUUAAACAAAUUAGUCAGUCAGUCACUCAUUCAUUCAUUCAAUCAACAAUGAGUGUUACAGAAGAAGAAUUACGCGGCGGCAAACCUGUAUGCUUAAUUAUUCUGGGUAUGGCUGGUUCAGGCAAAACAACCUUUGUCAAUAAACUGACAGAGUAUUUAACCACAACAACUUCGAAUUUACCGUAUACAAUAAAUUUAGAUCCAGCUGUUCAUCAUAUCCCUUAUAGUCCUAAUAUUGAUAUUCGUGAUACUGUCAAGUUUAAAGAAGUGAUGAAACAAUACGGUUAUGGUCCAAAUGGUGCUAUUAUGACAUCGUUGAAUUUCUUCGCUUCAAAAUUUCAUCAAGUUGUGGAUUUAAUUCAUAGUCAUAGUGAAAGCAACAAUAAUAACAAUAACAAUAAUUCAAGUCAAGUAUCCUAUGCCGUUAUUGAUACACCUGGACAAAUUGAAGUAUUCACAUGGUCGGCUUCAGGAGCAAUUAUUACAGAAUUACUAGGUAAUUCUUUUCCUACAAUAAUUAUCUAUGUGAUGGAUACACCAAGAAGUCAUAAUCCUAUAACAUUUAUGUCAAAUAUGCUUUAUGCAUGUAGUGUACUAUACAAAAUGCGUCUUCCGUUUAUACUGGUCCUUAACAAGACUGAUGUUAUCGACUGUGAUUUCGCCAUUGAAUGGAUGCGAGAUUUUGAAGCCUUUCAAGAUGCUUUAGCUGGUCAUAAUAAUCAAUCAGAGGACGGCCGACCAUCAGAAUUAUUAGCUGAAGGAGAUGGUGCAGCAUUUCAUAAUCCUGGAGUAUCACCAUAUAUGAAUAGUCUAGUUCAUUCUAUGUCACUCGUUCUGGAUGAAUUUUAUCGAGAUCUACGUUGUUGUGGUAUCUCUUCAAUAACAGGUGAUGGUAUGGCAAAGUUGAUGGAGAAAAUUAAUGAAGCCACGGAAGAAUAUUUUAAGAUCAAUCUUCCGAGUAUAUUGGCCAAACAAGAGAAGUGUAAACAACAAAUGAAAGAAGGUCAAUCAAGUGACAAUAAGAAGUUAAAAACCGUGAAGCAUACACCGAUGCUUUUAGAUAUCGCUGGUAAUGAUGAUGAAGCGGAUAAAGAUCCACUUCCUGAUGUUGAUGGAGUUGAACUACGUCCACAGAAUGAUUCUGAUGAUGAUGACGACGACGCGGAUGACGAUCAGAAUGAAUUGAAAGAUGUCACUUCUAUACGUAAUAAAUUCCAACAGUCAUGUUCCGUUGAACCGGUGGUUCCGACAAACACUUCUGACAGUUGAUGAUGAUAACCCUUUCUCCAUACAUAUAUGCAUAUUUUUGUUGUUUCUGUAAGGGUUAUUUUGUACAAAAAUAUACAGAUUUUCUAAUGC